AUGGAAGAUUUUAGUGGGGCCAUGGAUCUGUUUGGAGACAUAGACGACAUUUCCUCAGAGAGUGACGGGGACGAUCAACCACCUAUUCCAGGGCAGCCUGUUGCUGAAAGUGGAUUACCUCAGGGCCAGCGUGGGGAAGAGCUGAUUUCUGAAAGUAGAAUAGAAAUAGAAAUUCCCAGUGUCAACUCUGAUUUAGGAAGUGAAAUGUACUUGGUUAAACUGCCCAGAUUUCUCAGCGUAGAAGCCAAGCCUUUUGAGCCUCAGUAUUAUGAAGAUGAAUUUGAAGAUAAAGUGCUUGAUGAGGAAGAUAAAACCAGGUUAAAAUUAAAGGUAGAAAAUACUAUACGGUGGAGGAUACGUCGGGAUGAGGAAGGAAAUAAAAUUAAAGAAAGCAACGCUCGGAUUGUGAAGUGGUCAGAUGACAGCCUGUCCUUGCAUUUAGGCAAUGAAGUGUUUGAUGUCUACAAAACCCCGCUGCAGGGCAAUCUCAACCACCUGUUUGUUAGGGAAGCCACUGGUCUCCAAGGACAAGCCAUCUUUAAAUCCAAGCUCACCUUUCGACCUCAUUCUGAGGACAGUGCCACCCACAGGAAGGUGACGCUGCCGCGUGCUGACAGGUGCUCAAGGACACACAAGAUGAGGAUCUUACCAAUGCUCUGCCGUGAUCCUGAACGUGAACGCACAGGAAUGAUCAAGAAAGAACAAGAACGUUUAAGGGCUUCUAUUCGCAGGGAAUCUCAGCAGCGCCGAAUGAGAGAGAAACAGCCCCAGCGGGGGCCGAGUGCCAGUUACCUGGAACCUGAUCGGUACGACGAGGAGGAGGAGGGCGAGGAGUCCAUCAGCUUGGCGGCCAUUAAAAACCGAUACAAAGGGGGCAUUCGGGAGGAACAGGGCAGAAUCUCUUCUUCAGACAGUGAUGAGGGAUCCGAAGAAGAUAAGGCUCAAAGAUUACUGAAAGCAAAGAAACUCACCAGUGAUGAGGAGGAUGAACCUUCUGGAAAGAGAAAAGCAGAAGAUGAUGAUAAACCAAAUAAAAAGCAUAACAAGUACAUGAUCAGCGAUGAAGAGGGAGAAGAUGAUGAUUGAAGUACAAAUGUAAAAACAUUUUAUAUACUUUAUUGUACAGUUUGUUUUAUAAAUAUUUAAACAUGAGUUAUUUUGAUUGCAAUGAAUAGAUUUGCUUUUCUGUAACUUUAAUUGUAAUAAAAGAU